AUGGUACUCAGCCGGCUGUGCUGCAGUUUUCACGGUGCUCGAUUGCAAAUUGUUAACGUUACAGGCGAGCGUCUAAACGCUGUCGCAGCACCCGUGGUUUGGAACGCAGUCACGAUCGACUGGACGGCCGAGUACGCGCCCAGAGUAGCGCAGGACAAGCAUGCGAGCGCGAGAAGGAAGUUCCACGCGUUAAAGAAGGCAUUCUUGUUGAAGACUGGCAGCAGGGUUAGAUUUGGCGUGAGGGAACUCUGCGGAAGUUGGUACGUACAUGCACGUUUCCAACGCGCUGACCGUCUGGUCGAGCUGCAGUUGACUCCCGGGAAGCUCAACCACUGGGUUGACAUUGCCGGGUCUCUUAUUGAGUGCGGAAAGGAUUACAACCCAUCAGGCUCAGUUUCCGCAGUGGAUGUUUUCUAUGCUAUUCCCCUCCGUGGCAGCAAGUCUGACUGGCUCAACAACCAGCUCAAGCCGUGGUCUGGUUUCAGCCGCGGCGAGGCAUCAUAUACUGAUGUGCCUGGGGAACACCACACGCUGAUGGACAUCGACCAUGUCCCGCAGUUCCAGAAGAUCUUCCGCAGUCGUCUCGAGGCUCGUGGGCUGUAGACUUAUGGGGAGGCAUAUUCCGAAUAUAUUCUUGUCUUUGAUGGUUUAUUCAUUUAUAGUGGGAGUGCAUGCGUUUUCGUACUUAAUUUGCUAGAUCCGUUGCGUUGUCAUGCUUGGACUUAGAAUAUUGCAAGUAUGCGCCGUAUUUUGCUUUUGGGCUCCACUCGACGUCCUACUUCGAUCCCAUUCCAACUGGCAGGUACUGCGUACACGGCGGUCACUUUCGGAUCUCAACAGUCCGGAGAGAUGCUCGGAUGGAUUAACAGUCGCGAAUCAGGUGUUUCCUUUGGAAAACAUCGCGAGAGAACUUCGGUACAGAAGGGUGAAUAAAUGAGGUUCAGCUUACCGUAACCUCCUGGUAGCGCGUCGAGCAGGCUGGUAAGCAGCUGCAGGACGUCAUUGGAAUCAUCUGCAAACAUAAAACGAGAAUGUCAUAACGUAGUCCAGCGAGAAAGUUUGAAAGCAACUCGAAAUUU